AUGUCUCUCCUCACUACCCUCGAUCACGGCGGCCGUCCGGGGGCCCUCACCAACCGAGAGACACGACGCCGAUCUCUCAACACGAACACCCUAGACGAGAAGCCAGGAUCGUUGAAAUCCAUAACCAUCAUCGUGCUAGUCCCUGUGAAGAGCGGGUCCGCAGUCCGGACCGCCGAAAAAGAUACUAGAGUCAGAGAACAAGAGCGUUACCACGCUAGACCUCAUCGCCACGGUCCCUCCAUCAGGGGUCCUGAAAGUAACUAUGGCGCGACCUGCCGCCGUAGUUCACCAGAAAGGCCAUUAAUGGGACGUUGUCGAAGAACGAGUGCAUCUGGUGAGCGUGCUCGGCCUCGUAUUAUCCACGUUGGUAAUCGUCAAAUGUCAGAAGCAGCGGAGCGUAUACGCAAAGAAGCGUGGAGGCGACAUAGCCGGGAGGGUUUGCUGCGCGACAUGAAGUCGCAAGGUGCUGGCGCCGUUAUGCCCGACGAUCUGACGACCGGAUAA